UGGAUCCUCUUAUAUUUGUGCCAGAUUAUCAGUUGAUUCUGUCAUUCUAGUGCCUUCUCUUCCUUUACUGUCUGGAGCCUGUUUACAUUAUGGACGUCCUUCAUAGUUUGCCCUGUCUCCUGACUCGUUUCCUGGGUCAUAGCAGAGAGCUUGGAGCCCAUCUUCCUAUUUGGUCACUGUAGUUUAGGAAACAAAAGAUAGGUGACAGGUGUUCUGGUAUCCAGUAACUUUCCCAGCAAGAUAGGGAAAACUAUGAAGGAUGUCCAUAACGUAAACACAAACUCCAAUCCAGGUUCAUUCCCUUUACCUGUGCUAAGCAGCAAAUGCUGCCAGAGGAGAACAUAGCGAGCAGAUGGAUGUGAGGAGUGUACCCUCUGUAAUCUUGACCUGUGUUUUGUCACAUCUUCUCAGUCAGUUAUUUGGUAUGCAGACCCAUACUGUCCUUGGAGCUGAUGGCCAGCCUUCACUGACAUUUUUAUUGAACUGUCAGGAUUCCACCUAUCCUGAUUUGUACAGUGCAGGAGCAAACGAGGCAUUUCCUUCUCCUUCACAAGCCUAUUUCUGCACCCCAGCCUCCCCCUGAGUCUCCACUGGUGCCAUUCCUUGCUGUGCACAGACAUGCUUUUCUCCAUUGGAGUCUAUCAUCUCUUCUAGCUCUGUUCUUUUUCUUUGCCAUCUCCAGCUUCAUACUUACCAUGGUAUUCAUCUGCUCUGUUUUGAUGCUGCCCUUCUAGAAAGUCCCUCUUGUGGAUCUUGUUCUUGUCUGUUGAUUUUAUGCUAGCAUCUGGUCUUUUUUCCUCCAUAUUGAUUUUCUCAACAAUCUAAUCCUGGCCUUAUAGUUUAAUUUAUUUUUCAAGUUAUCUUUGCCAUAUUUUUAUCUGAUAGGGCUGUUUUCUAGCUUUAUUAAAUAAGCACUGAUUUUUAGGAGGCUUAUGUGAAUGAUGUUGUGGGGUUGUUGGUGAGAUUAUAUGGUCUCCUUUAGGGUCUUCUCUAUCCGUCUGCUUCACCUGUGUCUCUUAAAUCUGUGACAAGAGUCUGGAAAAGGUGGGCCUAUGUGCAUCUGUUGAAAAGCAGUGUGAGUGGGUACAGACAAGAGAAACCAGGAAGGAGAUGGCACAGUUUGGUAACUUCAUAUCCAAGUGACAUUCCUGGCUGUGCCCUCUCUGUGUGUACCCCUAGUUGCCAGGCCCAUCUCAUAGUUCCUGUCAUGCUAACUCCUUCCCAUAGGCUAUUCUUUGUCAUGUGGAAGCCACUGGCCCUUCCCCACAGCCCUAUGCGUCAGUGUCUAGGAUAUACUUGCCUCCUAGAAGCGCUGCUCCUGGCCCCUGCGAUAACCCUUUGUGCCCAUCUUUUGGAUGACUGUCAGGCUCCUGCCUAGCUUCUUUGCUGCCUUAUGUUUUCCUGUAGCCUGCCACUCAACUAUCCCUAGAAUGGCAUUUUUAGGACUGUACUGUUGUUCUCAUCAAGAAGAGUCCCACUUCUGAGAAUGCCCUGUUAGGCUUCAUGCCCAAAGCCUGUGUCUGGCUGUACACACCUCUGUCUUUGUUUUCUUGCUGUUUCGUGUCUGUGCUCCACGCUGCUGCAGCAUUGAGCCUCUUCCCCUGACACAUCUUCUGGGUGGUGUCUUUGCUCACAGUGGUUACCAGGCAGCUUCACCUACCCAGCCAGCGCCGAGAUGUGGGCUGGUCCUAUAAAGCAUUAGUCUGCUGGGCAUCUUGUGUACUGCUGUGGCUGCUCCGGUGUGGAGCUGUAAUAGCAGUGAUUUGUUCUUUGGUGUCUAUUCUCAGUUUCUACUCUGCUGCUUGAGGGCAGGGAUAAAUUUCCCCUUUUUUAUUUUUUUAUUUUAAAGAGGAAAAAACCAAUCAAAGCAAGAUAGUAAGAGAGUAAUAAUGGUUAAUAUAUUGUGCAUUGUUAUCUUCAAAGUAGUUGCUCACAUUACAGGAUAAUAGGAUGAAAAAUUGAUCAGAUAAUAUAAGCACAAACCUUUCUUUUCAAUGAACUAGUAGAAAUUAGUAGUAUAACUAUCUUAACUGUGUUGUUUGUGUGUGUGUAUAUAUAUAUUUUUUUUUCUCUUCUCCUUAUCCUCAUCUCAGUUUCUCUUUCCUUUUGAACAAUUUCUUUCCAUUUUCCAAUAUUUUCUGUGCAUUUUGGAUCCUAUUUCCUCUUUCAGCUUCUUCACUAGGGAGACAAUAUGAUGUUUACACAUGUGAAUCUGAUUUAUGGCACUUAUGAAUAUGUUCUCAAAUUGCAUCCAUUUAUCCUUCUUUACAGCUGGGUAGUACUCCAUUAUUUAAAAAUACUACAUCUUUUUAUCCAUUCCUCAGUUGGUGGGCAUUUGGGUUGUUUCUAAGAUUUAACUGUUACAAAUUGCGUUGCUGUAUAAACAUGGGUGCACAUAUGUCAUUGUAUGUUUUUAAUUCUUGUGGAAAAAUACCCAGAAGGGGACUAGCUGAGCUUAAUGGAACCUCUGAUCUUAGUUUUUUGAGGAGUCUCUACACUGAUUUCCACAGUGGUUGCACCAGUCUGCACUACCACUAGUAAUGGAGAGGAGUUCCUUUUUUCCUGCAGCCCCUCCAGCAUUUGUUACUGAUUAAUUUCUUUUUUUUUUACUUGUUUUUUUUUUCCCCAAUCUAUUUUAUUCAAAAAUAAGUAGAAAAAGAAGAAGAAGAAGAAGAAGAAGAAGAAGAAGAAGAAGAAGAAGAAGAAGAAGAAAAAACUACAACAUAAUUUCAAAGCACAUCAAUCCAGUGACUGGUUGAUUUCUUGAUGGUAGCCUUUCUUUCCAGGGACUGUCUGUUACUCGAGGAAGUGUCCUGAGAAGGAGGUGGCCAUGGAAGCUGUGGUGCUGAUGGCCAGGUCCCAGAUACGUGUGACCUUCAAGGAUGUGCUCGUGGACUUCACCAGGGAGGAAUGGAAGCUGCUAGAUGCUGCUCAGCAGAUCAUGUACAAAGAUGUUAUGUUGGAGAACUAUAAGAACCUGGUUUCCUUGGGGCAUCAGCUUCCUAAGCCAGAUGUGAUCCUGCGGCUGGAGAAAGGGGAGGAGCCCUGGCUGAUGCAGAAAGGGUUUUACCACAGGACACAUCCAGAUUUAGAGACUGCAGCUGAAAUUAAAUCAUCAGUUUCCAGAAAAAGCAUUUCUAAAGACAGACAAUCCUUUGGCAUUAAAAUAGAAGGAAUGUCGAGGAAUGAUCUUUGGUAUUUGUCACUGGAAGACAUCUGGAAAUGCGACAACCAGUUGGGCAAAUAUCAUGACAGCCAAGAAAGACGUAUGAGGCAAGUGACUUUCACCCAGAAGAAAGUGCUUAUUCAAGAGAAGGCUUGUGAAAGUGCUAAAUAUGAGGAAAGCUGUUUUCUCCCUGCUCAGCUAGUACUGAGAGAGUAUUUCCAUAGGCGAAGCUCACAUUCUAAAAGUUUAAAGCAUGAUUUAUUGUUCACGGGGCACCAGGAAAGUGGUACAGGUAGCAGUAAUGAAUGUGGCCAAACUUUCUGUCAAAAUAUUCAUCUUAUUCAAUUUGCACAAACUCACAUUGGAGAUAAAUCCUACAAGUGCCCUGAUAAUGACAUUUCUCUUCUUCCUGGUGCAUCCCUUGAUGCAUCAAAGGGUAUACACAGAGAGAAACCCUAUGAAUGUAAGGAAUGUGGAAAAUUCUUUAGUUGGCGCUCUAAUCUUACCAGGCAUCAACUUAUUCACACCGGAGAAAAGCCCUAUGAAUGUAAGGAAUGUGGAAAAUCUUUCAGCCGGAGUUCCCACCUCAUUGGACAUCAAAAGACUCACACUGGUGAGGAGCCAUAUGAAUGCAAAGACUGUGGGAAGUCCUUCAGCUGGUUCUCCCAUCUUGUUACCCAUCAGAGAACUCACACAGGAGACAAACUGUACACAUGCAAUCAGUGUGGGAAAGCCUUUGUUCAUAGCUCUCGACUUAUACGACAUCAGAGGACUCACACUGGAGAGAAACCCUAUGAGUGUCCUGAGUGUGGGAAGUCUUUCCGACAGAGCACACAUCUCAUUCUGCAUCAGAGAACACAUGUCAGGGUGAGGCCAUAUGAAUGUAAUCAGUGUGGGAAGUCUUAUAGCCAGAGGUCUCACCUUGUUGUGCACCACAGAAUUCACACUGGACUGAAGCCUUUUGAGUGUAAAGAUUGUGGAAAAUGUUUUAGUCGAAGCUCUCAUCUUUUCUCACAUCAGAGAAUCCACACUGGAGAAAAACCAUAUGAAUGUCAUGAUUGUGGGAAAUCCUUCAGCCAGAGCUCUGCCCUCAUUGUGCAUCAGAGAAUUCAUACUGGAGAGAAGCCCUAUGGGUGUUGUCAGUGUGCGAAAGCCUUCAUUCGGAAGAAUGACCUCAUUAAGCACCAGAGAAUUCAUAUUGGAGAGGAAAUCUAUAAGUGUAAUCAGUGUGAUAUUACCUUUAGCGAGCAAUCUCCAUUUAUUGUCCAUCAGGUUGCACAUACUGGGGAGCAAUUUCUCAUGUGUAAUCAGUGUGGGACAGAAUUGGUUAGUAGUCCCUCCCUUAUUAGAUACCAGGCAAAUCACAUGAGAGAGGCCACUUAUUAAUGUAAGGAAUACUAAUGUAAUGUAAGAAUGCUUCACUAAGAAUAAUAAUUUUACAUUGGAGAACUCAUGGAGAGAAGCUGUGCAAAUGGAAUCAGUGUGGAAAUGCUUUCAGUCUUGCUACUCUAUUGUACGCUAUUGAAUUAGCUGGGGGUGGGCACACACAUUUCAUUCCUGUACAGAAAUAUAAGAUUGUCUUUCCACAAAUACUUACAAAAGUAAUUGGCCUGAAUGCAUUCUUGACUAAGCCUUAAAUGCUAGAUUCUGAGAAGGAAUUGUUAAGUAGGUGAGUUGUUGAGAAAUAAUGCAGCUUUAUUAUAGAGUUAAAUGAAUAUGACACUGAAAUCAAAUUUGUUGCUGAGAAUAAAACAGCAACAAGAGAUAAUAAUAUUCCAGUGAGUUAAUAUGUCAUUGUCUAGUUGAUUGUACUUGUCUUCUAGACACUUUAUGGAGUUUAGUGUGUUCUUUGUUUCUUAUAUAAACCACAUUUUGGUCAGCUACAAGGAUAAUCUUAAUAAUGUAAAACCCUUCACACAUCUAAACUACUAGUAAUACUCAUUUUUAAAGUAUAUUUGCAUGUGGGCAAGAAUUGAAGAAUAACUAGAAAGUAUAGAUAAAUCAAACUGGUAGAGAAUGGGACUGUGAGUUUUCAAGCAUAUUUAGUGUUGAUAAAACAAUUCAGAUAUUUUAAAAUGCUCAACAAGAAUGCUUGGUUUCUCUUUCCUACUUUCAAAGAAAAUUGUUUGGUGUCAUAGAGUUCUACUUUUGAGAGAUGAGGCUAAAGAGAAUUUGAAAAUAAAGUUCUCUGUAAGUGGAAAAUAAGGGAAAUGUUGGGCAUUUGGACACAUGGUUGGAUGGGAUCCAUUUGAGACCAGGACCUUGUGUUGUAUUUGGAACACAUAUGCUCAUGAGUUAACACAGCACUAUCCAAGGACAGUAUCUUCUUAGGAUGGUCUUUGAUUUUUUUUUUUUUGGACAUUAAAUAAAUUUUUAUUUAGGAAA